AUGGGUGUGAUACACCAGUCUACGGACAGCACCGACAGCACUGUAGACACCAUCUACGUUGAGAAAGCACAUUCUAAACCGAGCACGCUCCAACCGGCAACGCCUCCUCAGGAUCGACGCCCUACACUUGCCGAGCAUGGACCACUGAUUGAUCACAACAUUCCGCAAGCAGAUGCUAUCGAGCAACGACCUGAUCUAUGGUGGAACGGCGUCAGGAGAACUCUCCAAGAACCAUUCUCAGAGUUCCUCGGGACGUUCAUUUUGCUCCUGUUCGGUGAUGGCGUCGUUGCGCAGGUUGUGCUGAGUGGCGGGAAGAACGGUGAUUAUCAGUCGAUCAAUUGGGGCUGGGGCCUUGGUGUCAUGCUUGGUGUCUACUGCGGCGGAAAAUCAGGCGCUCAUCUCAAUCCCGCCGUAACGUUUGCGAACUGUGUAUUCCGGAAAUUCCCAUGGCGCAAGUUCCCCAUCUACACCCUUGCUCAGGUCCUAGGAGCAUUCUGCGCGUCCGGCAUCGUCUACGCGAACUAUCUCUCAGCCAUCAACGAGUAUGAGGGAGGUCCCGAUAUCCGAACCGUGCCGGGUCCCAACACCUCCACCGCCACCGCAGGCAUCUUCUGCACGUAUCCCCAACCCUUCCUAUCGACGACUGGCCAGUUCUUCUCCGAGUUCAUCGCCAGCACGAUUCUGAUGUUCUGCAUCUACGCCCUCAAGGACGACGGCAACAUCGGCGCCGGUAAUCUCACCCCCCUGUGCCUCUUCUUCGUCAUCUUUGGCAUCGGCGCUUGCUUCGGAUGGGAGACAGGGUAUGCCAUCAAUCUUGCUAGGGACUUUGGCCCGCGGUUGAUGUCGUACUUCCUUGGAUAUGGCCACGAGGUCUGGUCGGCGGGCAACUACUACUUCUGGGUUCCGAUGGUGGCGCCAUUCUUCGGCUGCACAUUCGGCGGCUGGAUGUACGACGUCUUCAUGUUCACAGGCGAGAGCCCCGUCAACACGCCUUGGUUGGGUCUGAAGCGGCUGUUCCGCCCCUCGCGGACGAAGACUCCGAAUCACGUUGUUUAA